CUCACAAAUCAACCAUAACAUCUUCUUUCUUCUUACAUUUGAGCAAAGUUUUUUCUUCCUUUCAUAUUGUGAGAAUGUCCCAAACCAAUAUGAAAUUUUGCAAUAGUUAUUUUCUGGUCGAUCCGACCAAAGCAAGCUUUCUUGAUCUCCUUCUCCUUUUGUUUUCCUUCAACCUGACCAGCGCAAGAUUCAUCGAUUCUCCUCCGGAUACCCUCAAAAGCUUCCGGAGAAGUUUCGCGAGUCGAUGGAUCCUUGCGUUGGCCAUAUUGCUUCAAAAAGUAUUAAUGCUCUUGAGUAAACCUUUUGCAUUAAUUGGUCGUUUGCUCACAUAUUGGCUCAACCUUCUUACGGCAAAUGGAGGCUUCUUCAACUUGAUACUUAACCUUGUGACAGGAAAGCUGGUGAAACCUGACAAAUCUUCGGCGACAUAUACUUCGUUUAUAGGAUGCUCGGAUCGACGAAUAGAGCUUGACGAGAAGCUAAAUGUUGAUAGCAUCGAAUACAAGUCGAUGUUGUCAAUAAUGGCUUCUAAGAUCUCUUAUGAGAGCAAAUCUUUCGUCAAUUCCGUCGUCAAGAACACUUGGAAGAUGGACUUGGUGGGUAACUACGACUUUUACAACGCUUUCCAAGAAAGUAAAUUGACGCAAGCCUUCGUGUUCAAGACUUCAAGCACCAAUCCAGACCUCAUCGUCGUUAGCUUCAGAGGAACCGAACCUUUCGAGGCUGCCGAUUGGUGCACUGAUCUCGACCUCUCUUGGUACGAGUUGAAGAACGUUGGCAAAGUCCACGCCGGGUUCUCAAGAGCUUUAGGUCUCCAAAAAGAUGGAGGAUGGCCCAAGGAAAAUAUAAGUCUUCUACACCAAUAUGCUUACUACACCAUCAGACAGAUGCUUAGGGACAAGCUUGGCAGAAACAAGAACCUUAAGUAUAUUCUAACAGGUCACAGCCUUGGAGGAGCACUAGCUGCUCUUUUUCCGGCGAUUCUAGCGAUUCACGGUGAGGAUGAGCUGCUAGAUAAGCUAGAGGGAAUCUAUACGUUUGGACAACCACGUGUAGGGGAUGAAGAUUUUGGAGAGUUUAUGAAGGGUGUGGUGAAAAAGCAUGGAAUUAAGUAUGAGAGAUUCGUCUAUAACAAUGAUGUUGUUCCUAGAGUGCCUUUUGAUGACAAGUUAUUAUUCUCAUACAAGCACUAUGGACCUUGCAAUUCCUUCAACAGUCUCUACAAAGGAAAGGUAAGAGAAGAUGCACCAAAUGCAAACUACUUCAACUUGUUGUGGUUAAUACCGCAGCUGUUGACUGGUUUGUGGGAGUUUAUAAGAAGUUUCAUAUUACAGUUUUGGAAAGGCGACGAGUACAAAGAGAAUUGGUUGAUGAGAUUUGUUAGGGUUGUGGGAAUAGUGUUCCCUGGUGGCUCUAACCAUUUCCCAUUUGAUUACGUCAACUCUACGCGUCUAGGAGGCUUGGUUCGACCUCCUCCUAGUACUACUCCUGAGGAUAAACUUGCCCUCAUUGCUUGAACUCUCAAUGUUUAAUAAUCCUAUCCACUUUUA